AUGCCGAUUGGUGCCUUGUACAGAGCUGACGGCGUCGAGGAUGACUAUUACGCCGGUGGUGAGCGAGAAGGUGCCGGGGGUGAGCGAGAAGGUGUAGAGGGCACCACUGGUGAGGCUUGUGUAGAAGGCGUUGCCGGCCUCAGCCCCCGUCUUGGGUCGAUCCCUUCCUCCUUCCCUCGUGCGCCGCACCAGAAGGGGAGUGCCACAUCCUCGUCAUCGGAGCAACCAUGGCGCCGCCCCGGAGAACCCCUAAGCCGCUCACCUGGAUCCGGAUGCCACCGUCUUUUUGCCCACAACAUAGUUCUUUUCUUGCUGCUCGCUGAUUCCCUUGCUGGUUUGGUUGUGCGAAUUGCGAACGAACAGAUUGGUGAGAUCAAGGAGUGGCCCCUCGGCGAGAUAUGCUGGUAUUUCACCGAUUCAUGGGAACAAUUUCGUAUCAGCGGCAUCAUAGAUGUGAUCGAUGGUUCCUGUCCCGAUCCUGCCAAGCUCCAGCAACGAGAGAAAGCUUGGUUCGCCAGUUCAGUAAAGUCAAGAUUGCAAUACUUAGGACCAUCUCCAGGGGUCCCCGUCGCAAAUGAUGACCACGUUACGGAUGUUCAUCUCGAUCCGUCAGCUGGCCCAGUUGAUGCCUAUUGUCUUCUGACUCUUGAUCCAGAAAAGGUUGAUUACGUGAACCUGAAAAGUAAUCAGAGAUUGAUGUUCACAAGAACCCAGGAAGGAGAUGAGUCCAGUGAUUGGAUGGCCAAAAAAGUUAGCCCAUAA